AUGGCUUUGACUUCACUGCUUUCCCCCUCUCUACUCUCCCCUCUUGGAAUUCAAACAAUAUCAGUUGCUGCUCUUGGGAAGAGGCUCAACCUCGCUUUCAAUGAUUUUGAUGGCUCUCCAAUCCCAUCUGGGUUUGACCAGCUCACCAGUUUGACCCAUCUCAACCUCUCUUGGUUAUCCUUUUAUGGCCAAAUCCCACUGGAAAUCUCCCGCUUGACCACUUUGGUUUCUCUCGAUCUUUCUAGCAAUCAAUAUUCGAAUGGAUCCAUUUAUUCUUCCCUUUCACAGCUCCAUUUCUUAUCUGAACUCGACCUCAGUCGAAACAAUCUCUCCUCUGUGGUGCCCAGCUUCCCAGGGAGACUCCGCAAGUUGAUCUUACAAGAUUGUGUGCCCAAUUUCAUAGGGAACUUAUCCUCCUUGACAUCCCUGCACCUUGCAGAGUGUGGAUUGCAUGGAAAAUUCCCCCACAGUGUUUUCCAGCUGCCAAAUCUACACAUCAUCGACAUACCAUACAAUCCACUUGUAGCUAUCAAUUUGCUGGAGUUCCCUCAAAACAAUACUCUACAGCAAUUGAUCCUGUCAGGGGCAGGGUUUUCAGGAAAGAUACCAGAUUCUCUCAGUAAUCUCAAAUUCUUGACUCAUUUAGACCUCAGCAAUUGCAACUUGUCUGGAUCAUUACCAUCCUCACUUAUGAACCUUACCAAACUGCAAUACUUGGAUCUUUCAGACAAUAGAUUGAGCGGUCCAAUUCCUUCUUCCUAUGGAAACGAGCUUCUGAAUCUCAAAGCAAUCAACUUAGGGAAUAAUUUGCUUAAUGGGACCAUUCCAACAUCAUUGUUUUCACUCCCAUCAUUAUAUAAGCUGGACCUCACAGGUAACCAACUUAGUGGACAACUUGGUGAGAUUUACAAUGCCUCUUCUUCACAGCUGGUGAUCCUCCAUUUGGAUAGCAAUAAAUUGCAGGGGAUGAUACCCAGAUUUAUCUUUCAACUUACCAAGCUUCAUCAACUUUCUGUUUCUUCCAAUAAUUUCAGUGGUGUUGUGGAGCUAAGCUUAUUUCAAAACCUCCAAAAACUUUCUUCUCUGGAUCUUUCAGAUAACAACUUGUCAGUCCAAUAUGGCAGUGGUAAUUCCUCAUUUGUUUCCAUCCCUCAGUUCGAAUAUUUGUUGUUACGUUCUUGCAACAUCAGCACAUUUCCAAAUUUCUUGAGAAAUCAAGAGCAGUUGAAGCAAUUGGACCUUUCCUACAAUAAAAUUAGUGGUGAAAUACCCAAAUGGAUAGGGGAGGUUGGCAAUGGGUCUUUAUACUAUUUAAAUCUUUCUCAUAAUGUUCUGCAAGGAAUAGAACCAUCUCCCCAUCUUUUGUUGCAUGCCUUUAGCAUUCUUGACCUUAGCUUCAACAUGUUAAAUGGCUCACUUCCUAUCCCACAGCCCUCCAUCCUUUACUUUUCAGUUUCGAACAAUAACCUCAGUGGUGAAAUCCCUCCAUCAAUUUGCAGUGCAACAUACUUAAAGAGUCCUUGA